CGUGCAAAGAUGUCAAAUGCUUUGCUCUUUGUCUUGCUCUUCCUGUUUCCAAUGCUGCUGUCUGGGACUUGGUUUCCCAAAACUUUGCCCUGUGAUGUUAAAUCUUCAGAAGGUACUGUGACAGUGGACUGCACCUACCGGCGUCUCACACAAGUCCCCAGAGGGAUCCCUGAAAACGCUACCAACCUCACCCUGAGUAUUAACCAUAUUCCCCAUAUCUAUCCAACAUCCUUUGCUCAACUUAAAAACCUCAUGGAGAUUGACUUCAGAUGCAACUGUGUGCCUGUCAGACUGGGGCCCAAAAAUCUUAUCUGCAACAGAGGACUGGAGAUUGAGAAUGGCAGUUUUGCUGCCCUGACAAGACUGAAGUCACUGUACUUGGAUGCAAACCAGCUGUUGGAAAUACCCCGAGGUCUUCCUGCUACUUUAACCCUGCUGAGCCUGGAAGCAAAUACUAUCUUUUCUAUCCAAAAAGCCAACUUGUCAGAGCUAGGAAACAUUGAGGUAUUGUAUCUGGGACAGAACUGUUACUACCGCAAUCCAUGCAAUGUUUCAUUUGAGAUUGAGGAAACAGCCUUUCUGGAGCUGAAAAAAUUAACAAUACUAUCCCUGAAGUCCAACAACUUAACACAUAUUCCACCCAAUUUGUCAUCUACUUUGAAGGAACUGUAUAUUUACAAUAACAGGAUUCAAGUGAUUCAAGAGCAGGAUUUAAGUGCCCUUCCCAACCUAGAAAUUCUCGAUCUAAGUGGCAACUGCCCACGUUGCUAUAAUGCCCCAUAUCCUUGCACUCCCUGCACCAGUGGCUCGAUUCAGAUACAUUCAAAGGCUUUUGAUUCCUUGAAAAAUUUAAGAAUUUUGCGACUUCACAGUAACUCUCUCCAGAGCGUACCCCGCAGUUGGUUUAAAAACAUCAAGAACCUCAAAGAACUUGACCUCUCCCAAAAUUUCCUCAUGAAGGAGAUUGGAGAUGCUCAGUUUUUGAAGUUUGUCCCCAGCCUGGUGGAGCUUGAUCUGUCCUUUAAUUUUGAACUCCAGUUGUAUUCUCCCUUCUUGAAACUGUCUGAGACAUUUUCUUCCCUCUCUAACCUGGAAACCUUGAGGCUCAAGGGUUAUGUCUUUAAAGAACUGAGAGAGGAGGAUCUACGCCCACUGCUCCGUCUUAGGAAUCUCACCGUCUUGGAUCUUGGGACUAAUUUUAUUAAAGUUGCAAACCUGACAGUGUUCGAAGAAUUCCCAGCUCUUAAGUUCAUAGACCUCUCAGUGAAUAAAAUUUCUCCUUCUUCAGGGGAAAGCAACUCCAAUGGAUUCUGCUCUAAUCUUGGGUUUUCAGUAGAGCAGUACAACAGGCAAGUACUACAAGAGAUGCAUUAUUUUAGGUAUGAUGUGUAUGGGCGAAGUUGCCGUUCCAAAGAUAAAGAGGCUGCUUCCUACCAAUCUUCAGUUAAGGAAGAUUGUCUGCAAUUUGGAAAAACUCUGGAUUUGAGCAGAAAUAAUGUAUUUUUUAUUAACCCCUCAGACUUCCGGGGACUUAGCUCCCUUACAUGUCUCAACUUGUCAGAUAAUGCAAUAAGUCAAACUUUAAAUGGAAGUGAAUUCUCCUACUUGUCUGGAUUGAAAUAUCUGGAUUUUUCUAACAACAGGGUUGACUUGCUGUACCAAACUGCUUUCAAAGAGCUAGAACAUUUAGAAAUUCUUGACCUGAGCAAUAAUCAACAUUAUUUUCUGGCAGAAGGUGUUACUCAUGUGCUUAAUUUUGUGAAAAACCUCGACCAUUUGAGGAAGCUGAUGAUGAACGAUAAUGACAUUUCUACCACCAUUAACACAGGAAUGGAAAGCCAAUCUCUUCAAAUUUUAGAAUUUAGAGGAAAUCGUUUAGAUGUUUUAUGGAUGGAUGGCAAUGCUAGAUACUUAUCCUUCUUCAAGAAUUUGACCAGCCUGGAAGAACUGGAUAUUUCCUUCAACUCACUCAGUUUUUUGCCUCCCACUGUUUUUGAAGCAAUGCCUCCCAAACUCAAGCUCCUCAACUUAACCAAUAAUCAAUUGAAGAGUUUCAACUGGGAAAACCUCCACUAUCUGAAGAAACUAGUAACUCUGGACCUGAGCAAUAACCUUCUGACCACUGUUCCCCGAGAACUGUCCAAUUGCUCCUCAUCACUGCAAGAACUGAUGCUCCGAAACAAUCAUAUUCAUCAGCUAACCAAACAUUUUCUCAGAGGUGCUUUUAAACUGAGGUAUUUGGACCUCAGCUCAAACAAGAUUGAAAUAAUUAAGAAAUCUAGCUUCCCUGAAAAUGUCAUCAACAACCUGAAGAUGCUGCUUUUGCAUGGCAACCCUUUCAGGUGCAACUGCGAGGCCGUGUGGUUUGUCUGGUGGAUCAAUCAGACUCAGGUGACUAUUCCUCUUCUGGCCUCAGACGUGACCUGUGCUGGCCCAGGGGCACAUAAGGGAAGGAGCGUGGUUUUCUUGGAUCUGUAUACCUGUGAGCUGGACACCUCGUAUUUGAUCCUGUACGCUCUAUCAGCUUCAACCGUCCUCAGCUUUAUGGUGCUUGCGGUGACGAGCCAUCUGUACUUCUGGGAUGUGUGGUAUAGUUACCAUUACUGCACCGCCAAGCUGAAGGGCUAUCGGCGUUUAUCUUUACCAGAUGCCUGUUACGAUGCUUUUAUUGCCUAUGACAAUGAAGAUCCAGCUGUGAAUGACUGGGUGAUGGAAGAACUGGUUAGAAGGCUGGAAGACCGAAAAGCCAGGCAGUUCAAUUUAUGCCUGGAAGCAAGGGACUGGCUCCCGGGACAGCCGGUCUUUGACAACCUUUCCCAGAGCAUUCAGCUGAGCAAAAAGACUGUAUUUGUGCUGACCAAUAAGUAUAUUAAAAGUGGCAGUUUCAGGACAACCUUUUACAUGGCCCACCAGCGGCUUCUAGAUGAAAAACUGGAUGUCAUUGUCUUGAUAUUUCUUGAGAAGGUUUUGCAGAAGUCGCGCUAUGUCCGUCUGAGGAAGAGGCUGUGUCGAAAUUCUGUCCUGGAAUGGCCAACUAACCCUCAGUCUCAGCCCUUCUUCUGGCAGUGCCUGAAAAAUGCCAUAGCUACAAACAAUUUGCUGGCUUAUAACAAGCUUCUCCAAGAAACUGUUUAGCUCUACCCUUCCCCAUAAAAUUUGUUAUGAUGCGCAUGCACCUUGCUUGGGAUUUAUUACUGCACAGCAAGAGAUAAUGCACUACACCCUGGAAGUCACUGGUUUAGAACAAAAUUGCCACUUCCAGCUUUCAGUUCACUAGAGGCCUCUAGCAUCUCCUGUGGUUGGGUCAAGUGUGGGUUAGACACUUUAUCAACAUACUCGACUACACAGACUGCAGGAGAGACCAUGCCUGAAAUUGCUGCUGUUCAGAUAUUGUUGGAGUAAAUGUGAUUUUCAUAGAAAAUUUUAGUUUCUGUAUUUGAGGUAUUUAUGAAAAACAAGAGAAAUGCUUGCUGGCAUAUUUGUCUCUGAAAAUGCA